UCAGUGCAUCGCAGCCUCCCGCGCCGAAAGCAUCGUCCGCUGCCACCGCUGACUCUCGCACGCUCGUUUUCUCUCGAGUCUACGACUCAUCGCUCUUUUACCGUAGUAUGUGAUCUGCUGUUGAAGAUGCCACCUCUCACUAGAAGUCACGUUCUUCUUGCGUUGUGCCUGUCGUUUUUCCCGCUAGUCAAGUGCCAGUACCCACCGCAGGAAGUGGAGCCCGAGUUUCUGGCGCCCCUCGAGAACCACACCGUCUCCCAGGGAAGAGACGUCUCCUUCACCUGCGUAGUCAAUCACCUGGGUCCCUACAAGGUUGCGUGGAUCAAGGCUGACACUAAGGCGAUUUUAGGCAUCCACAACCAUAUGGUGGCGCACAACCCGCGCAUCUCUGUCACCCACAACGGGCACAACACGUGGAAGCUGCACAUCCACGGUGUGCAGCGCGGUGACUCCGGCGAGUACAUGUGCCAAAUCAACACGGACCCCAUGAAGACGCAAAUUGGCUACCUCGAGGUCGUGAUUCCGCCGGACAUUCUGAGCGAGGACAGCUCUGGAGACGGGUUCGCCCUGGAGGGUGGCACCGUGCAGAUAAAGUGCAAGGCCACCGGCUUGCCCGAUCCCACUGUCACUUGGCGCAGGGAAGAUUCCAAGAGUAUUGUUCUGCGACAGGACGGCAGCCGAGAAAAACAAGUCGUGCGGACCGUCGAGGGUGAGGUGCUAAUGCUGACCAACGUGGCUCGCUCGGACAUGGGCAACUACCUGUGCAUCGCCUCCAACGGUGUGCCGCCGACAAUCAGCAAACGCUUCUCAGUCAGCGUGCAUUUCCACCCGAUGAUCAAGGUUUCUAAUCAAUUGGUGGCUGCCCCAGCAGGCAGCGACGUCACUGUCCAGUGCUAUGUGGAGGCCUCGCCCAAGGCAAUGAACAGUUGGCACCGAGAAACAGGAGAGAAGCUGGUGGAGAACGCUAACAAAUACAUUAUCACCGAAAACUCGAUCAACUCUUACUCGCUGAUGAUGAACCUGACCAUAAGGAGUCUGGAAAAGCGAGAUUUCGGUGGCUACCUAUGCUCGUCAAGCAACGCUCUUGGCAGAGUAGAGGCAGGCGUAAGGCUUCAAGAGCUCAAAUUACCACCAAUAACGACGACGCCCCCACCACCGCGGCCGCAGACGCCAAGCCACAAGGUUGUGGUGAAGCAGCACAAGGAGCGGCGGCGCAAGAUGAAGAAGCCCAAGCCUGUGGGCAACGACGAGGUGAGUGGCGAGGAGGACGAUUCCGAGGAGGCCACGAGUGCGGGGCCACCGGCCCUGGACACGCACUUCCCGCAGACAACGCAGGUGGCCGACGCGAGGACGACGCGGCCGCCGUCUUGGGUGAUGCACAGCAACGUCAGCGGGACGCCGGUCCCCGUCAGUCUUCCUGUGGCGCUGUUAUCGCUCGCGCUGACCACCCUGAAGGUGCUCUCCGCGUAAUUCGGAACGCUCGAGAUGUGUCUGUGCGAGUGGGGCCUUCGCCAUGCAUUCGGACUGGCGUGUUUUUUCCAACGCGCACACAUUAUGCAUUGAAUCCCAAAAUUUGUGACGAGCUGAUUUAUAUAAAUGAAAAUCAACACGGUUAAUAUGCUUGACGCGCGUUUUCUAAAAGAUUUUGCGACAAUUUUCGUUCCUGCAGGAUGACAAUAAUAUGGAAUAUCAAAUGCGAGUCCUUUAUCAGGUUUUUUUUGUUUCUUGUGCGAUAUUCAUUAUUGUAAAGAAAAGGAUAUCUAUGAAAAGUUUGCAAGCUGAUCCUAAAGAGCUCGGUUUAUCCGUUUUAUGAAAUGAUUCUUAAGAGAAAGGUUAAAAAUAUGCAUAUUUCUGUUAAAUUAUUGAGACAAAAAAUUUUAAUUUCGUAGCAGAGCAUGCUCAGAACCUGACAACCUUUAAAAUUAGCCUAACUUGCUCCAACAAUGAAUAUUUCAUGGGAAUCCCUCGUAAAAGCAUUUACCAGUGAAAACAAUCGAUUGCAAACAAAAUUCUAAUUAAAAUCAUAAAAUAAAUGAAACGGUGUAAUAAAUAUAAACAUAAAAUUGCUAAACUAUACUGAAUGUCUGCACAUUCGUAUAAGAGCAGAACGAUAAACUUGUUAGACCUUUGCGCUUUUUUCGUGUAAUAAGCGGAGAGUGAAUGCGACGGUGGGUGUUGAGCGAAAAGAGAACAAAAGAUGUGAGGCAUACGUGUUGUUCUAAAUACCAAACCAACCCCCCAAAUUUAUAAAUUUGAAAAUUUUGUCAUCGUUCCCCUUUAUCGAUUUUGCUUUGAAACGGGAGCCGAAUCGCACUGACUCUUUAUUGAAUAAACAAAUUCCAUCGAGAUUAUGCAAUUUCGAAUCAGCUCAUAUUUUCCUGUAUAAAAACAUAUCUGAAUCGAAUAGGACAUUUUCCACCGCAGUUCAGUACUGUUUAUCAUCAUGUUUUUGGGCAUGAAUGACGAUUAAAGGACAAUAUACAAUUCCAUACCUAAAGGUUAAGGCGGGGAAGACAAAACACAUGUUAAACCAGCACUUAUUGAUGGACUAUGUAAUCAUUGUUGUUGCCACAAAUAAAAAUGAAAUGUUCGUUAUA